AUGGCGUGGUAUUCUAUCCUCCCACAAGACUUGAUCUACGUCGAGAGCUGGGCUGCUCGGUUCUUCGUCAUCCUCGGUAUAAUCACCAUCUUCCCCUGGGCAGUACUUCUCAUAUUCGACGUGAGCCUGUAUCUGUGGCGGACGUUGGGGUAUGAACUCCCCGUGGUUGGAGGUCGCGCGAGAGGAAUGCAACGACCGCGCGCGCCUAGCUUGAACGAGAGACCGGACGGGCAACGAAGAGCUUUCGGGCUAGCGGGUUAUGAGGAUAUCAGUACGGCGACGAAGCUGGAUGCUUCAAAGGCAGAGGGGUCGGUGAAACGGAGGACGCCGACCGAUUCUAAGAUGGAGGCGCUGUCCUCUCUCGACCCUUCUGCCCUCAUCCCUAUGGAUAAGACAUAUAAGGACCGACUGGCUCUUCGCGCUGAUCUGCUGCGCCAAUACCCCGACGUCGUCAUCGCCAUCAACGACCCCGAGGAUCCUCACGUCCUCGCCGCGAUCAAUGAACUCUACACGUUCGUCGUGGGCUCUUACCUUCCCACCCGAUACCCUCGGAUGUUCCAAGUGAUCCGGACCGCGGAAAAACGCACCGUCCUGCAAAGCCUCGUUACCGGCCAUGAGGCACCACUGAACUGGACCGCAACCCCCCAAAACGGCCGCCAACAGCUCGAAAUCCUCGGCUCCCUCGUAGACGAGGAUUUUCUCAUCCUCCUACCGGAAUCCUCUCCCUCUUCGUCCAGCCAGGACCCGGACCCAACUCCAACACCCACCGACCCAGAAGAAAAAGAAAAAGGUGAAGAUGAACCAGAACCCAAAUACGUCCUCCGCGCCUACACCGCCUAUUUCCCAUCGGGCUUCAACCCAGCUGAGAAGAUCGGUCUGAGGCUGACGAACAUCCACGCCCCGGUGCCAGGGUACAAGGAGAAGCUGGAACGCAGUAUGGACCGGUUCUUUACGCGUAUUGAAGUCGGGAAGUUCGUACAACGGGUCAAUUGGAGCGUUCUGACAAAGACGGAAUUGUUUGCGGCAUUCGGGGGUGUCCAUGGUACUGAGGGUGAGGGUAGGGGUGAGAAUGAGGUGAUCGAGGACGGGGGGUUGGAUGUUGAUUCGACCGUCCUCCGCUGUGAACGCCAAACACUUCAUCGCCUCCCUCACACCAAAGCCCUCGUCUUUGCUUUCCACACAUACACGUAUCCGAUCCAAUCCGUCAAGGAUGAAGGACUCGGCGAGGAUAUGGCCGUCGCGAUUGACGGUCUCAAGGAGGGGAAUGUCCCUGAGAUGCAUUGGUAUAAGAGAGCGCCGGUUUGGGGCGAUGCGGUGAAGAGAUUCUUACGGUCUUAG